UUAAACAGCACGACUAUGACAUAGGUGAGUCCUGGACUGGUAAAAAAAAAAAGCCACUCUAUAAUUUGCAGUUUGAUCUUGAAAAAAACACAGUAGACACUGAACAUAUUUCACAUAGGGCUACAGAUAUAUAUUUUUUUUAUUUUCCAAGAAGGACUGCCUCUGAUUGGCGUAUCCUGAUAUUCCAGUAGUUAGGUAGGUAACUGCUGUCAGAAAAGGUAAAGAACUCGAUGGCCUGAACCGAUACAUUGACCCAUGAUACAUGUUUAUCAUGUAUCAUAUAUCAGAAAAUGUCUACAAAGUGAUAAAGAAAGUGCUAGAACACACUGGAGGGGUUAGUAAAUAAAAUGUGAUUUGACGUUCAGCUACACUUCAAAUGCAGCAGGGGAAGUGAGGACGGUUGUCAGCUUAAACCUUGAAAUCAUUCACCACCAACAGAACCAAAUCAGACAAAAGUAUGACCCACAGAGGAAGUCUAAAGAGAGCACAUGAUGCUUCAUCCAGAUGUUUGGAUGUUGAUCAUCUCCCACCAUAAAAUUUCAGCCUCACCUCUUUUCUCCCUUGUUUGCAUAUGUGCUAUGUGUUUGUCUGUCUCUCCUAGCUGUGUGAACGCCCUGUUGUCCUUGUUAUUUUGUUCUGUACACUCGACAUCUGUCAUUUGUCAGACACCUGUCCAUCCUGGAAGAAUGAUCCAUCCUGAGUGGCUCUUCCUGAGGUUUCUUCCAUUUCCCCCUGUUAAAAGUUUUUCAUAGUUUUGCAUAUGCAUAUAUUUUCUGUUUCAUGGGCAGUGUUUCUUAAACUCCAUCAUGCACAGGGGUUUUCACAAACCUGCAUGUGUGCAUCAUUCAGCACCAUUUCACCAUGUAAAGCUCUUCUCCACUCCGCAUAGCGUCCAUUUGUCUGUUAUUUGUGUGCCUUCUGUUCGAGUCUAUUCAUUUCCCACACUGAUUGAGUGGGAGUUCAUGCUCUGGGCCAGAGCUCAAAAACACUCCCACCUCUGUGCUGUUCUGGAUCCAGAUACUUCUGAUCAUUCCACAUAGUCACCAUAAGGCAUUAUAUAGCCGGACCCAGUUCUGUAAGUAUGAGCGUUUCCUGCAGUGUGAGACUGGGGACUUGUCUCUCUUUCAAAAGGUUCCAUGUGAAAAUCGACAUCAGUUCAACACUGUUCUCCUGACAAUAGCCUGCCUGCCUGCUGUUCAGCUCUGGCCUUCCUCUGCUCGUGGGUGGAGUUACAUUUACCGUCGUGCUCGGCGAGCCUGGUUCCUAAGACAACCCAUAAAACAUGCAUUUGCAUUAGCGAGGCUCGUUUCAUUUCACCAGCGCGUCCACAGUGAAGUGAGCGAGCCGCAGGACACUGAACGCACCGUGUGGACGCUGCAAGACACGCAGUGAGAGGAAAAGUGCGUUAACACCGGGACUGCAUGCACAGACAACACACUGAACGGAACUAUGAUGCUUAAUACUUCACGGAGAAUAUAACCCUUUCACCGACAACGACGUAUCUUUUUUCUGCACAGAGACUUCUGGGUUUGUUCCACCAUCCAAGAUGCAUAUGAAUAGCUUAUUAAAUCAAUGGACUGACAUCUCCAGGAUGUGUGAUGUGGAUGUGUCCUCUGAGCCCACUAGUCCCACCCUGUUGGGUGAGUCCUCAGACAAAUACUACCAUGUGGACCGCUGGCAGAAGCUCCGUACCGCCGUCCGCAAACUGGAAUUCUGGGAAAACUUCACAGCAGAGCUAAUUGGGAGUGGCUUCUUCUCCAAAGUCUAUAAGGUGAUUCACAGCACCAGUCGGAAAGUGAUGGUGGUGAAGAUCUACAAAAACGACGUGGACCAAGACAGCAUUGUACGAGAGAUCAGCCUGCUGCAGAAGCUCUCCCACCCUAACAUCGUCAGAUAUCUGGGAAUCUGUGUGAAGGAAGACAAACUCUAUCCGAUCUUAGAGUAUGUAAACGGUGGCUGUUUGGAAGAGCUUCUGGCCAGGAAAGACGUUCCUCUGUGCUGGAGAGAGAAGGUGGAUCUGGCUUGUGAUAUAAGCAGAGGAAUGAUCUACCUGCACUACAAGAACAUUUACCACAGAGACCUCAACUCAAAGAACUGUCUGAUCCGGGUGUCAUCUCGGGGUCGGGAGGCCCUUGUGACUGACUUUGGCUUGGCCAGGGAAGUGGUGGAGCUUCCAGUCAAAGAUCCUGGCAGGAAGCUGUCACUGGUGGGUUCAGCCUUUUGGAUGGCCCCCGAGAUGCUACGAGGAGAACCAUAUGACCGCAAGGUGGAUGUUUUCUCCUUUGGCAUUGUGCUCUGUGAAAUUCUUGCCAGGAUCCCUGCUGACCCAGAGAUACUCCCCAGAACACAGGACUAUGGGCUGGAUGUGACUGCAUUCAGGGACCUGGUGCCUGACUGUCCUCAACGUCUCCUGGAGUUAUCAGCCAGCUGCUGUAUGGUGGAGUCCUUCAGACGACCAGCGUUCACAGAGUUGCUGGAUGAGUUGGGAGAAGUCGCUGAGAGUCUUGAGCCGCCAGCAAAGUCUGACAUGACCAUGAGCUGAGUCAUCUGUCUGGAAAUGUCACCGUUACAGCAACAGAACCGGAGUGUCUGUGAUUAUUAGUCACUGCCAGGAACAGAAAGCUGGACUCAAUUUAAGCAAAAAAAACACCCUGAAUAUUUCAGCCCAUUGUGGCAUCAUUUUCCUCCACUGCACAACACACAACCCUGGCUGAACUUUGUCUUAAGUGAGGUGGUGCAGAUGUACCAAAUGUAUUUUUGGAGGGGAAUGAAAAGUGGGUACUUCAUGGACGCUUGGCUUUGACACAUUUGUGUACAGAAGAAUAAUAGUUUGAAUUUACUGUGUGGUCUGUUUUUCUGCCACACAUCUUACUUCUACUUCUUACUUCUACUUAAUCUUCUCUUCCUUCUGUUUUUGUUUUGUUUUGUGAGAGGUCUGUUUCUUCUUCUAUCUGCUCGCCUUGACUGUGAUUCAGCACUUCUCCAACAGGAAAUUGCAUUUGUUGACUGAGCGAGAAUGGUCGCACAGAGAAUGGCUCUUUACUGGGACUUUAACAAAUAGACCACCGGAUAUCACCUUGGAUACGAUGGGACAAAAAACUGUUUCAUAGAGCAGUGCAGCCAUGGAUACACAUGACAAAUAAUAAAUCAGGAGCUAAAGAGUCUACAAGCUGACUUUCCAAAAAAGUAUUUUUUUUUCUUGGAUAACACUGACAACAUAUCAGGUUUUCAGGAACAAUAAUAUUUUAGGCCUUAUUAAGCAUCAUGACUGCAUUUUUCAGUUGUGUAAUAUAACCAUACGUUCUCAAGAAUGAAAUCAUAAAAAGUGGUUGUUUUCAUUGUACAAUUUAAUGUUCCUAUCUCUUUUUGCUUGUUUUAUUUUGUGGUCAUUUGUCAUUAAGUUACUUUGAACUGAACAACUGGUUGUAAAUAUUUAAGUUUUUCUCGUUUUGCUCACAACAUUUCUUUUUUUUUUUUAAUUCUGCCACCUUUCUAGGAUUGAAAAGGUUCACAUUCUUUUAGGUUUACCAGUAUUCACUACUUUCUGGUUUGUGUGUGGACUCAUUUUUCAGGCAGCUACAACCCAAAAUAAACUUUCACAAUAGCCACAAUUGAAUCAUGUCCUAAUACAUUUCAGCUGGGAUCGGCUACAGCUCCCUGCCACCCUCUAAAGGAUUAGCAUAUAAUAUAGAAGGUAUAGCUAAUGGAUGGAUAUUUUUGAUAGAAACAUUGAAGCCAAACUUCAGAGAUACAGGUUUAGUUUAAAGAAAAUGAAAACAGAUGAAACCCAGAAAGGUUUUACAUGCAGGAAUAAAACUGAACUCACCAAGGAGAAGACUAGUCUAAAAAAAGGCAAACUGUUUCUCGUUGAAAAGUGUCUGUAUAAAUAUUAAUCUGCAUUCAGAGUACUGUUCAGAAGUCACUUUCAGUUUUCACAUUACAUCAUGGAAAACUAAUGAAACCAUUUUCACUUAAUCUACUUAAAUAAAAUUUUA